UUGAGGUUACCGUCCAGGAGCCGCGACGGUGUAGUGCAUUACCAGUGUAGUUACUGCCGCUGCGUAGUUACCGUGUCACGCGCGCCAGUCGUCCUGCCGACACGCUGCUGUUUGCUGCCUGCCGCCGUUAGGUAAUCACACAUCAUUCAAAUAAUUCGCAUCGUCCAGUUCGCCAUGGAGUUGUCGUUGGAGAAAUCGGACACUCGUCGCCGAUUCAAACAGCUCGCACCACGUCCAAUAACCAGAGUUAAGAUAUUAAAGCACACCAAGCUCGUUGAAUCAAGUGCCAAAUACCAGCAACAAUCUUGGGAGAAAUUAAAAAAACGUUUCGCAUUUUUUUUAUCAAUAGUAACUGAAGAAAAUGUUCUUCUUAUCAAGGAAAGAAUUUACAAAUUCAAUAUUGUGAGAGCUAAAGGCUUAUUUUGUAGUUCCAUUUUAGAAGCUCAACUAUUUCAAACCAAAAAUACUGAUUUGUAUGCUUUUAUGGUCUCUCUCAUUAAUCUUGAUUUUCCAAACAUAGCAGAAUUGCUUUUAAUAAGAUGUAUUUGGCAAUUGAAAUCUGGAUAUCGUCAACAUGUUAUACAUGUUUAUUCUUCUUCAGCAAUAUUCAUUGCACAUUUGAUUUAUCGUGGCGUUGCUGAUGUUUCAUUGGGUUUAGAUGUCUUAAAAUUACUCUUCAGAUAUCCUACUGAUGAAGAUUUAAUUAAAACAGCUGUUAUGUUUUAUACAAUAUGCGGGGAAAAAAUGAAAAAAAAGAUUUCGGAAAGCAGCAAUUCUAUUCACAGUGCAUCAUAUGUCACUGAAUUUUGAGUUUUCUUCCAGAAUCCGUGUAAUGAUUGAUCGUGAAGUAUUGAAACCAAAAAAUUAUGAUAUCCCAAAUUUAUCUGAAUCUACAGCUACUGAUGGAUAUC